AUGUGCUCGUGCUCACACCUCACGCUUACGCCUCUUUUGCUCAACGUGUGCCCGCAGCUCACUCUAUCAGAUGCCGUGGCAUACAAGUCAAGCGCAGAGAAAAUCUCAACCGAGCUAGGGAAACAUGAUGCUGUGUCGGAGAAUGGAAGCUCCAAGCUUUGGACUUUACAGAGUAUUGGCAGUAUGCAAGCCCAGUCUGCUGGGAGAAUUAAGAUGCUUGCCACCCAGAUUGAAAGCCUACGGUCCGAGAUUCAGAAUAGGAAUGUUGAUAUCUCAAAACGCAGGCUAGAACUAGCCCGACGGCGCUCCGACUCGGAAUCCGCCAAAUAUCAACUCGCCGAACGCGAGACAGGAGCACUGACCAGUAUCCAAAACAAUCACAAGAGGACGGAUCAUCUCUGGAACUCUCUACAUACGAAAACAGCCGAAGCCCGGAUAUUCCUAUGCCGAGAAGUCGCCAGCCUCUACGGCCUAAGGCAGAAGGUCAGAAAGCGGGACAAUGGGCUCAAGGAAUCCUACAUGAUUGGAGGUGUCAACAUCUUCGACCUUAGGGACUUGAAUGGGAAGCUCUCCCUAUUCUCUUUGUGUCUACCUUGA